AUGGCUUUCGAGGACUCUAAUAAUAAUAAAAUACCAUUCAAUAUCUUACUCGUCGUGCCAUUGGCGGAGGAUAUACUUAAUAUUACACCUAUUAUCUAUAUUAUAUUCCCGUCGAUCGAAACGCGCGCCAUUAAGUUUCUAGUUUACACUAACCGUACACGUUUCGUUAAGGAUAUAAUUAGGGAUAACGUUAUACAUAGUCGAGCCGUAGUAGCCCGUCCUCUAGUAACUAAUAAACCAUCCCCCGCGAAGAAGAAGAAGAAGAGUUCUAAGACUAAAAAUACCGCCGAUCCUAUUAUAAGUAAGACCGGUAAAACGUCUAAGACCGCACCGCCACUUAAGAAUAGUAUAGUAGUAAAAGAGCCAACUAUAGAAACGCUAUACCCUACUACGGAACCAUCUUCGGUAAAGGAACCCGAAGAUAAUACUAAUGAUUUAGGUUCUACACCUCCGCCUAUAGAUAGCGAACUUCCUAAUAAUCCGGAUUCCGAACCCGAUACCUCUAACUUACUACUACCGCGAACACCGUUAAAAUCCAAAGCCCAGAAAGUAGUUAGAACGCCAUCGAAAAGAUUAAAGGUAAACCAAACCGAUACCGCAAAGCCGACUAGCACUACUCUAGUUAUAGCCGCAGCUAUAAAAAAGGCCAAAGCGCCAAAGCGCAAAAAAAACGAUAGUAACUUUAUAAUCUCUAACGACCCAAAGCUUCCUACUCGCCAUAUAGAAGUCGACGAGAGUAACGAAGAGGAUUUAUUACGUCGCAUAAAGCCGCCAGCCAACACCACCGAAAAGUCUUCUAUAGCCGAAGUAACUAUAAGGAAGAAGCGUAUAGCGUCGCAUAGCGAUUUAAGUAAGGCCGUUAAGCGCGUUAAACUUAGUAAUAAGAUACUAGAGGAGGCACUAGAAUCAGCGAUUACAGACGCCUCUAAGGUUUUAGAUAAUAUGCCCGACAACACUAUACGGAUAAACCCCCUAGACCCCCUCGUAGACUCUAGUACUAUUUCUAAGGAACGUGUGGAAUCGCCAAUUCCAGGACCUUCUACGGACCUUAACCCUCCUCCUGUUUUUCCUUUAAUCACGCUAACCAUACCGACCAUUACUACCACGUUAUCGUAUACAUCUCCUAAGGGCACCAAUACUAUCGCAUCGGAUAGUAAGGGUGAUUCUAGGUCGCGGAUCUUAGAUCCAUCUAAACAGCCAACGAUCGAUACACAGCCUAGCAUGCCUAAUAGUGGCAUUAUCAUUAACCAAGACCGGCCGCUUACCACCUAG